CACUUUUGCAUUUCAUUUCGUGACUUGAAGAACCACAUGUGCUAUGGAUUUGUUAUUGUUUAGUCGGUACGGAAGCUAUUGCAUAUUAUCAUUUUCGCAUGGUAUAAUAGUAAAUCGUCUAGUAAUCAAUUUACUUGUUAUUUUAUAUGAUGAGCUUCUGUACAUUCAAGAUGUGAAAAGUCCCGAAUCAUAUAACCUAUAAAUUUGACAAGCCGUAGUGAAGUCCAACGUUCAAACUGGUUGUCAUUUCUGUACAUUCCGCCAGCGAAACUCAAGGUUACCUUUUCUUUAAAAAAUGUCGAGUAGCCAAUCAAACUGAUGCAAUGAGUUUCUUCAGACUGCAAUUGUUGACUUUACAGUGUCAUCCAGGACUAUGAGUUCCUAGACUUAUCUGAUGUGAAAGAAGCGGAAUUGAACAGACUGCAGUGCGCCCUGUACGACCGGAUACCUGACAUCUCGGCGACUGCUCUCGCCGGUGCCUGGAACGAACCUACUAUAGUGGCAUCAGAUCCGUCAUCUUGUUCAUCGAGCACGGCGGGCGCCGCGACCGUGUCGAGCAGCGUGGACAGCCUGUCGGGCGGCGAGUGCGAGAUGGCGCCCCACUCGCCGGCGCGGCCCGCCCCGCCGCACCACGCGCCGCCCUACGGGCCGCCGCCCGCCUACCCGCCGCACGCGCAGUGGCCCGUGGCGCCGCCCAACGUGUACGUCAGCCAGGUCACCGCCAACGUCAACGUGCACGGCUACAUGGGGCAGUAUUACCAGCCGCAGCAGUACGCGCCGCCCGCGCCCGAGCGAGCGGCCCGCGCCCCGCGCCGCGACCGCCGCGCCAAGCGGGCCCCCUCCCCGCCGCCGCAGCCGCCGCCGUACUACCUGCAGUACCCGCAGUACUACCCCGCCGCGCAGGCGCAGGGCGCGCCGCUCUACCACCUGCCCGUCUACCAGCCGCUCGUGUACGGGCCCUACGCCUACCCGCCCUACUACCCCGAGUACCCCAUGCCCGUCGAAGGCGACGCCGAUAAGGGACCCGAAGACUACCCGCAAGAGGUUGUCAUGGAGCAGGAGGCUGUGGACGCAUACUACGCGAGUGCGCACUACGCCGCGCCUCCCUACGGUCCGCCGGUGGAGGGUGGAGUGGAAUACAUGCCGCCCAUGUACAUGCCACCGCCCCCGCACCCGCCUCCCCUGCCCAUGCAGCAGCAGCCCCCGCCGCAGACCACCCCGCAUCAGUUCAACGUGCAUGCUAAGAACUUCGUACAGGGUCAAAGCCAAAACAAAACGUAUACACCACAACAAGACAAGAGUCAAGAACAAAAACCCAUGCCUACACCACCGACAGCAUCAGCGUCCGCCGGUUCUGUCGAGUCGCUGCCUAUAAAGGACCUCAAAAUCGGAAAGGGUCCUGGCAGCCCUAAACAGACCGAUCGCGCAGCUGAUCCUACACAAGCUAAGCUAUCCCCAGUAGAGAAAGUGGCGACUACUCCGAAAACUGAGGUUACAAAGACGUCGUGGAAUGCUACUGACGCGAAACCUGAACAGCCGAUUGCAGCGCAAUCUCCGGCCAAUAAGUCGUUCCCACCAUCUGUGCCACCUACUAAUCAAAUGCCUGCAAACAAGAUACAACCAGCAGCUCCGAAACCCACAAAGGGUCCAGCGGCACCAUUCUCCGGUGGUAAACAGACGGCGAAACCCAUCGUGCCACAGACCGUGGUGCCAGUACAGCAAUCUGCGUCUACGCCUAAGGCACCUUUCGGGAGCAGACAAAAACGUGACGGACCUACAAACCGCUCCCCGUCUAACGAUAACAAUGACAAUUCUGAUAGAAACGCAUCCAGCGAUCACGCUAAGCGCGAGCCUCCACUGCCGCCUAGCAAAGCACCGAUGCCAAUUUCCAUAACUCUGCACUCGGCCGGGCCGCCGCUGAUCGUGACAAAUAAAGCACCAUUCGGUCAUUCACGAAAAGGUGCGGCAGCACCCGAGCCGCCCCCGGCGCCGCAGCCCCCGCCACCCGCACCCACCGCUUCCGACUUCCCGCCGCCCCCCACCCCGCGCAACCGCGGCGAGCCCGCGCCCGCCCCCGUGCUGCCGCCGCAGCCGCAGCCUGCGCCCGGCAAGUCCUGGGCUAGCCUGUUUUCUAACAAGCCCAGCGGAGCGCCUGCUCCCGUGCCUCUGCCCACUCCCGCGCCCGCCGCCCCCGCCCCUGAAGAGCCACCCAGUCCGACAACGGUGGCGCCUCCCGUCCCUCCCAAUGUCCAGAAGCCAGUCGCGAAGGUGCCACCCUUCGACGCGUCCCCAUUGCAGGCGAGCACAACCGACAAGAGUUCGCCUACGCCACGCACUACCACGGCCACUGCCGUGUCGUACUCAGAGAAGACAUCGGUGAACGCGACGGCUGGCGGGGCUCGCGUGGCUCCAGCCGAAGUUCGUGAAGUGCGAGAGGUGCGUGAGGUCCCAGUCAGCAAGGAGUCCAGUCCCGCUGUGCCACUGCAGCCUUCGCCCUUCAGUGACGACCCUAACUCAUAUAGGAUGGGAGAAUUCCUGUCGAAGUACCAGCUAGACAACCGGCCGGUAUCGCUGCUGCCUCGCGGCCUGACCAACCGCUCCAACUAUUGCUACGUGAACGCGAUACUUCAGGCUCUGAUCGCGUGCCCUCCCUUCUACAACAUGUUGAAGGCUCUCCCGUAUCAGACUCGACGUGGAAAGUCCAGCACACCUGUUAUUGAUUCCUUGGUGGAGCUAUGCUACGAGUUCAGUCCCCUGGCGCCGGCGACGCGCGCGGGGCGCGGGGCGGCCACAGCGGGCGGAGCACCCGCAGUCCCCGCGGGGCCGCCGCUGGAGGGCGGCGCAGGGCUUCGUGUGCUGCGGGCGCUGCGCCCCUUCCCUGGCUCGCAGGAGGGACGACAGGAAGACGCCGAGGAGUUCCUUGGCUGUCUGCUCAACUCGCUCAAUGAUGAGAUGCUCGAGCUAAUAAAGCUCGUCGAGCCUGAGGAGGCUCGCGCCGCCAGCACGCCCGCGCCGCCGCCAGAGGCCCCCGCCGAGGCGGAGGCGGACGACGAGUGGAAGGUGAUGGGCCCGCGCAACCGCGGCGCGGUGGAGCGGCGCUGGGCGGCGCGCCGCACGCCGGUGGCGGACAUCUUCCGCGGCCGCACGCGCCUGCGCCUGCACCGCGCCGCGCACCACGACGUCACCGACGCCGUGCAGCCCUUCUUCACGCUGCAGCUUGAUAUCGAGCGAGCAAACAGUGUCAAAGAUGCCUUGGAGCUGUUAGCUGGUAAAGAUACGCUUGAAGGCGUGAGCGACGCCUGGCAACAGCUGUCGCUAGAACAACUGCCUGUUGUGCUCUUGUUGCACCUCAAGUGCUUCCAACUCGACGCUGAUGGACACACCGCCAAGAUCGUCAAGAAUAUUGAUUUCCCUAUUGACUUGAAGAUUGAUCCAAAAAUAAUGUCGUCUAAACUGAAAUACACGUCGAAACAACGCGUGUACAAAUUGUUUGCUGUCGUAUAUCAUGAAGGUGUUGAGGCUGUGAAGGGACACUACCUCACUGACACAUUCCACGGACAAGUGGGGUGGAUUAGGUACGACGACUCGACGGUGACGCAGGUGAGCGAGGCGGGCGUGCUGAAGGCGAAGGCGCCGCGCAUGCCGUACCUGCUCAUGUACCGCCGCCACGACACGCUGCCGCCGCACCGCCCGCCCAAGGCCGACUGAGCGGCCGCUACUCCGCGCUCAGCUGCUCCCAGUAGCGACUAGAUCUGACUCCUAACUACUUUGUCGUUUAAAAGUACAAAAUUGAAGUUUCCAUCGACUCGAGCCCGGUGGACCUGUAAUAUAGUCACUUCCCGCGAUUGAACUAUUGUACAUUUUAAAUAAUUUAAAUUAACGUGCAUGGUUGGUGAUGUAAAUAAUGAAUAUUUAGUACGUCCAGGGAGAGGGGGCCGGCGGUCGCGGCCGUGUCUUCAGAAGCACGGUUGCGUACGAGUUCAUGUACUAUCGCGGUGUGAAGUGUGGCCUCCUCUUUUCUUAGUGUCUACUUGUAAUUUUUCUCCUCGACAAUAUGGAAUUGUGGUGUUAAUAAAUUAUAAAAAAUGUAAAAAAACAUUGUAGGAUAAUGAUUGAAUUCAUGAUACAUAUUAUUUCUAUUCAGUAAUAAUGGAUGUAAUCAACUGUAUGAUAGUACUCAGCUAUUAUAAGAUGUGAUAUAAGUCGGUUUACCAGUGUGUACCUAAUAAAAAUACAUAACAUGUAUUUGUAGAUACAGAUGCUGGUAUUUAGCGACUGGCUAAGUACGCAAAGGAAAAAAUAUGUAACGUGAAUUAUAUUAGGUAGUUGUAGUGUUAAGGGAUACAGUAAGGGGUGGAGUAUUAACGCAGGCAAUGUUAAUGGUAUCGGUGCUUAGACGGACUGACUACGGCAGUGAGUGAAUAUGUGCCCUAUGAUUCUUGUGAUAACGGAGUGCUUGAGGACGAUUACAGCAGAUUGUUUAGUUGUACACACUAUGUAUAGAUAUUGUUAUAACAAUAUAAGUGUUAAAUAUAAAUAGAUUAUAUUAUUAUCUCGCCGUUGGUAUGUUGUGGGGAAUGUCUGUUUUUAAUAUUAUUCGAAUUCAUUGAGGUCUAUUUUUAUUCUGUUUGAAAAUUUUCGAAAUAAGGAUGGCAUUCCUGAUGAGACAAACAUAUGGCUUGACACCGUUGUCCCAGUCUUCCAGAGUGCCACCCUGGUUUACGAUCAAACUAGCUGACUGUUGGAUAUGUUACAAUUAACAUAUUAGUUAUCAAUGUUAACAUUCAAAAUGUAACUGAAAUUUGACUCGAGGCGUGUGUGAUAGCACAAGUGCUAUGCUUAUGUUAGUGUCCACUAGUAUUUAAUAUCUGAAUUGAUUUUUAUAUGUUAAUAAAGUAAAUUGCUUUAGAGUUGACUAGCUAGUUUGAUAUUACAAUUUUAUUAAUAGCUAUGCUAUCCAUUUAUUAUCGUAAAUUGAUAAUGAACCAUUUUGAUCUCACUCAUAUUGUUGUUGUUUGGGAAUUAUAACGAGUUCGGAUGUAAAUUUCCUUAAAGUGAUGAAGGCAAUACAUCAUGCCUUAUUAGGUAUUUGAAUGCUAAUGUUACGAAAUUGACCAAAAAGUAUGGAUAUUAUUUGAAAUUGCUGCUAUUCUAGCUUUUCUACUUAGUGGUAUGAAAAUCAUAAUAAAUAAAAAGCCAACACUAUUUAGACGUUAAAAUGAUAUCUUGAAUGCACUUCAGUUGUGUCCAAAUUAUAAUGAAGGAGUAUUUAAUCUUAUAAUUAGUCAAUUUAACUAUUACUAUAAUGAAAACGAAAUAGGUUUAGUUUUGUAUGAUAGUUUCUAAAACAGAGUUAUAUACUAACUUGCUAAGCUUUUUAUAUGUAUAACUUGGUUGUUGUUAAUUCGUUUAUUUUGGAUUUUGGGUAGGUAUUAGUGUAGUUAGCCUUUUACUGAAGAUAAUGUUAGUUCACGUGAAUACAGCUAACGAUGAUACUUCUAGCGGAAAGCAAAAAGCGGGACGGUCGUGAGAAUGUUAUCGAAACAGCUCGGUCACGCUUAUGAUCAACCGGCUCAUGUAAAUACAAACCCAUACACCUAAGUUUUGUCUGCUAAGGUUCCUAUAUGUUUAAUACAUUGUUCCUACAUUUUUAUGUUUCACAAGUUAUUUUAUAAAGUUGCAGAAAUGCCUAUCAAAAACAGCUGGGAUAAAAAAAAAAUAAUAAUUAUUAUUCCCAUGAAAAAGGAAGUUGACUAGGUCAUCCCCAUUUGUUGUAAUGAUUAUGAAGCAUAAUCUAAAAUUAUUUACAAGCAGACUAUUUAAUUAUAGCUAAAAUGCGCGAAUGUCGAUUCCAUUCGCACGACUGUCCUUUGGUAAUAAUUUAGUACACGGCACGAAUUAUGAAAUGAUAUUGAUGCAGCUGCUUGCAAUGUACAUAACGACUAAAGUUCCAUAAGAAUAACACGAAUUUAUUCAUCUAUUUCUACUUACUAGAGUAAUCAGUAGGUCAUGUAAGGGCCGGAGCUCUGGCCUCACAAACCCACAGCAUUUUUACUUGCACAAGUUAUUGUUAUUGUCUAUUAGUUUUAAAAUUCUGUUCCUCUCGUUUUAGCGAUAUAUUUAUUUAUCGAGUGUGACGUAUUUCUGAAGUUAGUGCUUGUCUGUGUUUGUAUGCAACCGUUUAGUUUCGUUCAGUUAGAGUGGAAUAUUAAUAAUGUUAAAACAACAGUACAUUUACACUUGAAAGUUUACGUUGGAGGAAUCAUUGUAGAGUUUUUGUUAGAUUAUAUUAAUUUAGCCGUUAGCUUGUGUCAUCUGUAACAUAAAGGCUUGUAUUUAGAUAUGAUAAGCCUUAAUGUAUGGUACGUACUAGCGAUGUCCUCCAGUGUAUGUGGCGGAAUCUUUAUGCGUAAGACUGAGCGCAGGGUCCCCGAAUGUCUGUUAUUUAUGUUUCUAUUAGGACGUGAACACGAGCACACAUAGCUAGUAAGAUUUCAUAGUAACAAACGCUGCCUUUUAGUUAAGUGUCUGUGUUGCAUAUUUAUUGAAUUAAAGUAACUAACUUAACCUAAUUGGAGUAUUAACCUGUGUAUAUUCGCAUCUCGGGUAAGCACGUGAUUCAGAUUGAUUUCAUAAACAAUGAAGGCAUGUUCGUACGCUAAAUAUAUCAUUAUAUCGCACGAUCAUGACGUAGCGUAUGUAACUGUAGCUAAUCGUCCGGCGUCGGGCGCGUAGUGGCUGUGACUUAGUUGUUGGGUAGUGUGCCAAACACAAGUAGCCACCUACAUUCUGUAUGUAAAUCUCCAUAGCAACCACGCUGCAAACUGAAAACGUCGUUACUACGGUACUUAUCAGUAAAGAACGUGUAACAUUGUUGCAUUAUACACAUGAUUUAAUUUGAAGAGUUAAAAAUUGAUGAUUAUUGCCGUUAAUAGGAUAUAAAUUAACUGAUCAAAAUAGUUGUGAGUGAAAUCGAAAUACUUUUUAACUAGUUUUAUUUACAGCAGAGAGCAGCUUUCUUAGUGUCGUUCGUUCUCGAAAUGCAACAAAUCAAAUGUAAACAAUUGGAAUAGGCGUGUGGUAAUGAUAUAUUUCAAUCUGUGUAAUAUAAAUUAGUAAACUGGUUAUAUUGACUACGACGUAACGAUGUUAGUACACUUCCAUCUUUGAUAAUGUUUAACAGUAAUCGUAAAUCUUUUCUCAUAACAUGUAAGACUCUUUGUGUAUAGUUUCCUCAGUCAUCAAAUGCUUCUAUGAAUACAAAUACAAGAGCUUAUCCCUCAGUGUUUAAUAAUAAUUUAGUGUCUAUUAUAUUAAAGUAUAAAUGUGUAUAUCAUGGAUCCGCUCUCUGUUUAUGUCGCACAAAUCAAUGUUCGAAGUUAACAGUCGACCACAAUGGUCUACAAGUAUUUCGCGUUUUCAGUUAUACAGUUUCCAAAUCAUACAAACAAAUUACUCGAUUGGAAUAUUACUAUGAAGUUUAACUAUAAACCAACUUCAACUUAUUAACAUUGAAAACGCGAAUGCUGACUUUCAUAAUACCUGUUACAAGGCCUAGAUUUUGCUAAGAUGUGUAAUCCAGUCACUUUAAAUUAAAAUCUCGUUUAACAAUCAAAUUGAUAUUGUAAAAUAUUAUAGAUUUACGGCAGGCUGUUUUAAUAAUUUAAAGAUAAGGGAUGCAUGCAUAUUCAUAAUUUUGAUAUUUCACAAUCUCAUAGAUACACUGUAUAUUCAUCAUACGUUUUUUCGAAGGCCAAGUGAGCCUGCCCCAUAGUUAGUAAAACAAUGAGUGAUUUAUCGUGAUUCUAAAUUGUAUUAUAAGCCAAAUAUUUUUCUUGUUUUAUGCCUGAGCAUGUAUUGUAUUGUGAACAAGUGUUAUUUUGUUUCAAACUACUCAUCUAGUCCCCAUAAGAUUUUAUCUUUUGGUGCAAUGUCAUAUUAUAUUUAUCGAAUAAUGUAAUGUCGUUACCGUUGCUAUACAUUAUUUACUGCUGUAAAUUCUUAUUUUGAACACAAAGCAAUAUAAAAACGAAUAUGAAAGAAAUGGAAUACUUUACAAUGAACACUUUGGCGGUCUAUCUACUUAGAUUAUAAACUUUUAAAAAGAUGUAUGUAGUAAUAAUGCUUAUCAUUAUUAUUUUUAUAUGAGAAGUUCAUUAUUUAAGUUAUGGUUAAUUUUAGAGAUAAGAUCCAAGGCUGUAUUAAUAGAAGGAGUGUUUUUUCCCCAAUCAAGCGAAGCUGAUUAACGUUUUUAUUUAACCAACUACAGAAUUAUAUAUUGUGUAAAAAAUACUCCUGCUGGUCACAAUAGAUAAUGUUCACUUUAAAAAAGACAAAAAAAAUGCCAAUGUUUAAACCUCGUGCAUUAUUUAUUAUGAUCAGCUUUCUAAGUUGUUAUGUGGAUAUGUGUGUAUGACUAAUUAUAAAAUAAUCCUUUAUUUUGGUAACAAAUUGGUGUUAUGAAAAAUUUUGUGAAUAAAAUAAGAUGUCAUUCUGA